UAAGAUACACUAGUUAUGUUGAGUUCAAACAUGAAAGUUAAACCAUAUGGUAACAUCUGGGUCUCCAUUGUUAUCACACUCCCUACCCUACCCACACUUUUUUCCUACUGAAUCAUCACUUUAAAGCCAUACUCUGUUGGUGGCUAGUUUCAGUAUCACUCAUAGAAAGUUCAAAUUUUCUGAGACUGAAAAUUGAAAUGGGGAUUGUAGCAUGCAUUUCUCUGGUGAUUAUGGUGACAGUUUUCUGUCCUUCUUCUCUUGCUCUCACCAAGGAUGGCCUGACCUUGUUGGAAAUCAAAAGUGCUUUGAAGGAUACUACGAAUGCUCUGAGCAACUGGCAAGAGUCUGAUGAGACUCAUUGUAACUGGACUGGUAUCUAUUGCCACCCUGGCGAUGAGCAAAGAGUUCGCAUAAUAAAUCUGCCAUACUUGCAACUUGGCGGAAUUUUAUCUCCCAGCAUUGGUAAACUCAGUGGACUACAAAGACUGGCACUUCAUCAUAACAACUUGCAUGGAACCAUUCCUAAAGAACUUACCGAUUGUUCUGAUCUAAGAGCACUGUACUUGAGGGGUAACUUUUUCCGAGGAUGCAUACCGUCAAACAUUGGAAAUAUUCCAUAUUUGAAUAUACUGGAUUUAUCCAGUAACUCAUUGAAAGGUGCCAUACCUUGCUCUAUUGGCCAUCUCUCACAGUUGCAAAUUCUGAACUUGACUAUCAAUUCCUUGUCUGGUGAAAUUCCUGAAUAUGGAGUACUGAGCAACUUUGGCAUAUACUCGUUUGAGGGAAAUCCAGGUCUCUGUGGGCGGCAAAUCGAAAAGCCAUGUCGGACAUCACUUGGUUUUCCUGUUGUGCUCCCCCAUGCUGAAAGUGAUCAAGCUGCAGUCCCUGCCAAAAGGUCUUCACAUUUCAUGACCAUUAUGCUAAUUUAUGCAAUAGCAAUUAUGUGUGUCGCACUUGUCAUGGUCUUUGCAUAUCUGUGGACUCGUUUGAUACCAAAGAAUGAACAAGCUGCAAAGAGACACACGGUAGUCAAGAAACAAAAGAAACAAGUUCAUCCAAGAACAAGCGCAAAACUUAUUGCUUUCCAUGGUGAUCUGCCAUAUACAUCGUCUGAGAUCGUAGAGAAGCUAGAGUAUCUAGAUGAAGCGGAUAUAGUAGGAUCCGGAGGAUAUGGUACUGUUUACUGUAUGAGGAUAAGAUAUAAUCGUUUAUUGGCUGUUAAACAGAUUGAUGGAAGUUGUGAAGGGUCUGAUCAAGUGUUUGAAAGGGAAUUAGAGGUCUUGGGGAGCAUCAAACACAGAAAUCUAGUAAAUAUGCGUGGUUACCUCAGGCUUCCUUCUUCAAGACUCCUUAUCUAUACCUAUUUCCCCAUGGGCAGUGUAGAUGAUCUCUUGCAUGAAGAAGAUCAACAAGGACGAGUUCAUAGGUGGGGUGAUCGCCUAAGGAUAGCUCUUGGUUCUGCCCGGGGUUUGGCUUACUUGCACCAUGAAUGCAACCCAAAGAUCGUUCACCGUAACAUAAAAUCUAGCAACGUACUCCUUGAUGAAUGUUUGGAGCCAUAUAUAUCUGAUUUUGGCCUUGCAGACCUUUUGGUCGAUGAGAAGGCACAUGUUACCACAGUGGUAGCUGGCACAUUUGGUUAUUUGGCACCAGAGUAUCUACAAAGUGGAAGAGCAACUGAGAAGUCAGAUGUGUAUAGCUUCGGAGUUCUUUUACUCGAACUUGUAACUGGGAAGAGGCCAACAGAUCCAUCAUUUGUGAAAAGAGGUUUAAAUGUUGUUGGCUGGGUGAACACAUUAAUGAGGGAUAACAGAUUGGAAGACGUGGUGGACAAAAGAUGCAGAAAAGUAGAUCCAGAAACCGUUGAGGUAAUUCUUGAGCUAGCAGCAAGAUGCACUGAUGGAAAUGCAGAUGAUCGUCCAUCAAUGAACCAGGUGUUACAGUCGCUGGAACAAGACGUUAAGUAUCCUCCUCCAAUCUUGUUUUAUGAGUCUGAGUUCGAUUACUGAUGAUAAAAGUAAUCCUAUCCACUGCACCCUUUGUGUGUGUCCCUUUUCCUUUGUGUUGCAUUCUAGUUUUACUUUGCAGCAGAUGUCCUGCAGCAAUCCCUUGUGAAUAAAAGUUUCAGUUAUCUGAAACUGAAACACUUGUUUUUCCGUUCAAUAACCAAAGGGACAACUUAGAUAUAGCAGUGGGCUUUUGUAUUUGGAAUGACCUCCAUUCUAGCAAUGUUAUCACUUUCUCAUGCAAUUUUGGUCAAUUAGAGGUUCUUUAAGGUGA